UCUUCUUGACUUGUUACACACCCCAUUUUGGAUGUUCAGUUUUUCACAAAACAACGCAGAAAAGACUGUGUUCAAUAAAAUACUGAUCAAAUCCUAGUCCUGUAAAACGCACAACAUAUGGACGACAUCCAGACAAACUGGCAGUCAUAAACUCCCAACGUCGGAUUUCUCGCCUGUCAUCCGGCGACUGCUUCCCUUCGCAUGAAUUUGAAGAAAAUGCCCGUAUGUUCGUUUGGGCAUGCGCACUAGCGCUGCAGUUUAAACGUCUGCUUGACUAAUCACAGGAUAUGCUACAUUAUAAGAUUUCUGGAUGUUUUAGUAGUGCAUUAUAUUGUAGAAGUGUCACUGAAGGUAUUCAGUUUUCAUAAUGUAAAUAAAUAUAAAAAACCUCCAGAUUAAUCGUUUUAAGCCUAUUGAAUAACCGUGUCUCGUUUGUGCCACACGACCACGACCACGUUAACGCAGAGGCAAUAAAUUUGUAUUUUCAGAGGCGUCCUCAUUAUAAUCUAUUCAUAAUAAUCGUACUGCGAAAAAAGAUGAUCUUAGAGAUUAACUCCAGCUAGUGAAGGUUCAGAUGCAUCAUAUAUUUACAUAACAUCUAUCCGCGAACUCAAUUUUAUAUAUAUAUACCUGACACCGAAGCGCUGUAAUUCCUAAUUGUAAACAACCAUAGAUUGAAGAUAAUUCCACGCCUUUAAUUCUAUAUUGAUGAGGUUGCGGUUAAUAAAUUUACCACGUUACUCAAAAUUUAAUGAGUCGAGUUAACAAAAAUUGUGAAUUAGAAUUUCAAAAGCUGUUUCCACAUCACGCUUUAAGAACGAUAUCGGUGGCUCAUUGUCAACUUGUUUGACCGCAGGAUAUUAUUUUAUAUUACUUUACUCUUUUACGUUUCAACACCGCUGCUUAUAUCCUCCCCAUGAACACCAACACCAUCUAUAACUGCAUAACAGAAAAUGUGGAUGUGUUGACAAAAAUAUUUGAAUGUGGCCAAAGGAUCGCAAAAUGCAUAGUUUUGUGCUCUACUGAUGAACAGACGACAAUUUGUACAGAGUUCCACCGAAAAUAAUGAAAUUUUUUACGGAUAGUUCACAGACAGUAAAUACCAAUGACGUGAAGACUAUGUAUCUUGAACGUCAAUAUUUCAGGCGGCUUGUGUGUGUGGACGGUAGAAGCGGAAGUGUACUCUUGAAAUGUUAAGGUCAAACGAGUAUGCGCAUGCGUUGCCACAACCGGCCAUGUUGACAACAAAUUUUUCGUUUCAUAGUACUCCGCUAUGAACGAGUAAAAAAGGAACACAAGGCGAUAUACUUAACAGUCAGGUUUAGGCAACCUAGGCAUGGCAUCAAUGAGUUCUGGCUCAUCUCAUAGAGAUAAUAAAGCUGGAUUUUGGAAGAAGAAUGCCACCGUUCCUGGGAGCAUUAAACCUGUCUACGGAGCACAACAUCCACCUAUACAACGAAAAGGUUUCAACUCCCCUCGUAAAGAAGAUCAAGCAAAGAACAGCAAACGUGACCCUUUUCAUGACUUUGAGAACCAGACAUCUGAUGCCUGGGAUGUUGGGGACGAUGACCUCAUCACAAUGGCCAAUGUGCAAAUGUCACUGCGGGAUGUGCAUUCUUCAGCAAAGGCUGUUUUGGAGAAUCACAGUCGUCAGGCAGCCAGCAGGAAUGCGAAUGCCCACUCAUUUCGCAACAUAGAUGAUGGUCUCGUACAGUCAGCACAACACUAUCACCAUCCUGGUGGUCCUGGCCUUGGGGUGAGGCUAAAUAGUGGGUGGCAACCACCAAAAAUGACCCCCAUUCGCUUUGGCCCUCCAGUCACAUCAGAUCGUGAGGCUGUAAAGUUAGAAAAGUUCCGGACACUUCUUAAGGAGCCUAAUCUUAAUCUUGACGAACUGAGGAAGUUGAGUUGGUCAGGUAUUCCUAAAGUAGUGCGACCCACUGCGUGGAAAAUUCUCUCGGGUUACCUCCCUCCAGCAGCAGACCGACGUGAGUCCACUUUGGAGAGGAAACGAAAAGAAUAUUUUAGCUUCAUUGACCAGUACUAUGAUACCAGACACCAGGACAUGCAUGCUGAGACCUUUAGACAGAUUCAUAUAGACAUCCCACGAAUGAACCCCCUUAUACCUAUUUUUCAACAAAAAGUAGUUCAAGAAAUCCUUAAAGAUAUUCCUCGCAUGACGUCCCUAGCACAUUUGUUUCAACAAAAACCAGUUCAGGAAAUGUUUGAGAGAAUAUUGUAUAUAUGGGCCAUUCGUCAUCCAGCCAGUGGCUAUGUGCAGGGGAUCAACGACCUGGUCACACCAUUCUUUGUUGUCUUUUUGUCUGAAUUUAUUGAAAAUGAUAUAGAAAUAGAGAACUGCAACCUUUUGGAAUUGGACAAAAACACACGUGCCAUCAUCGAAGCUGACAGUUUCUGGUGCACCUCUCGCUUGUUAGAUGGAAUACAGGAUAACUACACUUUUGCACAGCCAGGCAUCCAGAUGAAAGUCAACGCCCUGCGAGAGCUUAUAAAACGUAUUGAUGCUCCAAUGCAUCAGCACCUAGAGCGGCAAUCAGUAGAAUAUCUACAGUUCUCAUUUCGAUGGAUGAACAACUUACUGAUGCGUGAAAUCCCUCUUCACUGCACCAUCAGAUUGUGGGAUACAUACCUGUCUGAAGAGAAUGGGUUUGCAGACUUUCACUUGUAUGUCUGUGCUGCUUUCCUUAAACGGUUCUCGGCUGAUGUGUUGAAGGAAGACGACUUUCAGGGCAUACUUAUGCUGCUGCAGAAUCUUCCAACACAGCAGUGGGGUGAUGAGGAGAUUGGAGAGCUGCUAGCUGAAGCCUUCAAACUGAAAUACAUGUUUGCUGAUGCACCCAAACACCUGCAGGUCAAGUCAUGACCUAGCUAAGCCUUAGGAGACUGGCACCCUCGCCUCUCAAGUCAGUCUUGGUAACGAGUCGUCCGGCAAAGUUCUCUAGAAAUUACAGGCAAAAAUACUUUGACAGCAGUUCCAAGAGACAUAAAGUGACUGCAGGGCAGUUGACAGAUCUGGACCUCGUUCUUCACUUGUGUUCUGGAAUACAUUAUCAGGCCCUGCAUGGGUAGUUGCAGCCGGUGACUAGUUUCACUGAAUCUGCUGCUGGGUCAAGUGAGAUGCUUUUUUCACCACCUAGUGCAGAAGCAGGAAGGACUCUGAACGCUUAAGGAUGAACUCCAUAUAAAUUUGACCUGGGUUCUUUCACUGCAGAAGCUUUUUGUAGCUCCUGUUGCAGUGAUGUGGUGUCUUGGCUGAUUCUGUGUGAGGAGAUUGGGUGGGAGGGGCUGCUGGAGUAAGGAAACCUACCAUGGUUCUGCCUUUACCUAGCAGUCAUAGACUACAUUUAUGAGAGAACAUAAAGGUAUGUGAGUAGGAUUCAAUGCUUGUGGCCAGUCUUGAAAAUGCUGUGAACAGUUGGUGAAUGUAUAUGUGUGUGUAGUGGGUGAUUUACUUGUUAAGCAUUUUACGCUGUGCCGUCAACUAAGGCUAUAUCACGGCAAGUCUGUGGGUGAGAGGGUUAGUGAGUGAGAUGAAAGUGAUUGAGAGGUGUCAGAUGAAAGUGAGAGAUUUUGGAUGAUUUUCAUGGCUCAGGCUACCCUAAGGGCUUAACAGAAGUAUACAAGUUUAUUCACCCUUACCUCUGAAUGCACAUUUGUGUGUGUUGAUGCUUGCCUGUGCACACAGGUGCUGGGGUGUGUUUGGUGCAUGCAUGCUAGCUGUCUUUAUCACAUCUGAGUGUUUGGAUGGUGUAGAAGAUGAAGUUUGACAGUGGUUAUCUGCCUUCCCAGUCUGAAGCUCUAGUGUGACAAGAUGAUAUCUGUAAGCUUUUUUUUAAUGCAUUAUGUGUGUCCUCUGGUAAUGGCAGAUGUUUAGAGGGUUUUUUUUCUUUUGAAAAAUUUAGUUCAUUUAUAUUUUAUGCACUUCCAUUUGUUUCACUGGCUUCACUCUGCAUUUUGUUUGGGUUUUUUUUUUUUUUUUGGGUGGGUUUGCAUCAACAUUGUGGGAGGAAAGGUGUUUUGAUAAAAGAGCAGUGCUCUUUGAAGAUCUAUAUUGAUAACUGAGAAUUAGACUAAUGUAUAAAUCCACUCAAUGAAAAAGUUGUAAAUGAGCUCUACUUUUACAUUGUUUAAGGAGGUGCAGAGUUAUUUGAGGAGAUAUAACAUUGCCAAAGGAAACCUCUAAAAACAGAGUAAAUUUGUGGCUUGUGUGUGUUCAGAACAUACUGAAAUACCAUGUGGACUCAAGCUUCAACACAUGGACUGAAUUUGGCUUGUUUCUGGUGGAAAUGCUUGCUGUCAUAGGGAAACGUAAUCUCUAAACACCAGGACACACACAAAUUUUAAAAAGAGCUGCCUGAGAUAAUCUGAGCAAGGGGGAAAUCUUCCAAAAAAAAUCUCAGAACCUGGGAUGAGUAUGCUUGUUUAUUUGUUUUGAAGGAGAUGCUGCCACCCUUACAGUGGCUGAGUUAUCUCACUGUCAAUAAAUGGAAUGAGGUUAUUAACAGUAUUUUAAAGAAUUGUUUAUGAAAUUUGCAGGGGAAAAAAUGACAUCUUUCGCACAAAACUAGAUUUGUUUACCUCAUGAUGUGUACAGGGAGAUAAUGCAAAAAAAAUUGCAGUAUGAAGUGACUGCUUAGCACCUGUUUUUUGAGUUGACAUGAACUAGUUUUGCUGAAUGAUAUAAUUCUUACAGUGUCUCAGCUGCAUCAGCUUUAUCUGGAAACAAUGCUGGCUUGCAUUAAGUACACAUGGAAGACAGUCAUGAGCUCCUGUCGAUUGUGCAUGGUAGUGGAGAUCAGUUAAGCACUAAAACGGUGUUGUGUAACUUUAAGGGAAUUAUUGUUUUAAAACCCAGUCUGGAAGAAAUGCUAUAUAUAUAUAAUGGGGUUUUCAAGAGAAGAACAUACAAUUUAAAUCAAUUUAUAGUCAUAUUCUCUCAGAGCACCCAGGAAAUUGUGGGGACAUGUUUAAAAGAAUAACAGAAAUAUCACUUCAAGAACAUUAUAAUUGAAAUAUCCUGGAAUCAUAGCAUUAGGUUUUUGCUCCUUAUAGUGUAACAGUUUUAUAAAAAUUAUGAUGUAACAACAAAAAAGAGCGUGCAACAGAUGAAACCAUAUUUUUUUCCAUGUAAUGCCAGCAGUGAUAGCUCUGAUGAUUGCAAGGGCUGUGUGAACACAGAGGCUGUAUCUGGCAAAGACACAAGAAAAGUGUGCUGAAAGUGUCUUAUCAAGCUUAUGCACAAAAUAUUGUACAAAGUUUGCAUGUGGUCAUGCAUUAGCGUGAAGAAUGACCGUUUAUUUUUACUUGAAAAAUCAGAUAUUUAUGUUAGCAAAAUGCGGAUAAUUUCUGCCUAAGCGUGAACAAAAGUGAAUAUAUGUGGUGGUGUUUUUCACAGUUAAUAUGGUUAAAAGAUUAUUAACUGCAAAGAAGCAGGGUGAAAUGUUUUGUGUACUACAUAAAUGGUUAUAUAUGGUGAUGACUGUUCAAGGAUAGCAAAUAUGACAGGUCCCUUUUUAUUAAAGUAAUGGGUUUCUUGCAUAAUGAUUUACUUUUAGUCAUUUCUGCUUAUUUUGUAUGUGAAGAAAUACAGCACAUUCUGCUACAUAUUCCUUACAACAUUGAGAAAAAUCAUAGGGAGGUCAAGAGGGGUUAUUGUUUAUUUUUAAUUUCUGAGCUUCUGUGGAUUAAUGGCAUAAUAAACAGCUUUGCCAGGGCUAAAUAUGAGUGAAAUUUUAUUGAAAAUGUAUGAUUUCUUUACAUUUGAUAAAAGAUGUUUCCUACAAUGAGUAGGGAAAAUGGCUGAGUUAAAAAGUGUAGAAAGCAGCUUCCCAGCCAAAUGAACAGAAACAAUUUUAAAAGUUGUAAAUUGAUUACAGUAACUUUUUGCAUACAUCACUGUGUAGGAGAUGGGUCUACCUAUAAUCUGUGUUUGCUUUUUGUGUUUGUUUGUUUGUUUUUUUUAAAGAACAUUCCUUCACUCACCUUUUCAGAGACCCUCAGUUACAGUACAUGGGUAUGUAAUUAUUUGUGCAUAUGUUGUGUUAUUUAUAAAUCCAUUAAAGCAUCAGUAUGGCAAAGAAAGCACUGGCUGUACUUCAUGUUUAGACCAGAAGAAAAUAGCAAAUAACCAGAACAGACAAUGCCUAAGCACAAUGCAGGCCUCCAGCACAUUUACCCAACAUUCACAAUAGCUAUGAUCAAACAGCAGUUUCAUGUGCUUACUGAUUUUACUCUUGUUGGAAAGAAAAAUUCAAAUUGUGUCCAGAAUUUUGACUAACUUGAUAUGCGUCAGUGUUAUGAUGCUGUUUACAUUUUUUUUUUAAACUUUUCUGGUUAUUUGUGCUAAAUAGUUUGGCUGCCAGACCAUGUGAAGCUACAGUUGCUAGAUCGAGAGAGCCAAAAUAUACGAACAUAAGUGUUGUCCAUUCAGACACAGAUAAGUGAUGUAAGCAAGUUUGUCAAGUAAUAUUGUGGUAAAAAUCUGUGGGUAUAUUCGUUCAGUCUUUUCUGGAUGUGUGGGAGGGAUUGGUGUUUUACACCAAACCAGCAACUAAGGGUAGAUCACAGCAAGGCAGCCGGCUCUGUCAACAGAUGCCACAUGCAAAGAAGAGCAGGCGUGCCUGAGACGAAAGCUGAACCCAGAACGGCCAACCCUCACUGUAUUGGUGACAGGUGCUAACUGUUGCGCCACUGGACCACCCAUUUCUGUAGAGAAGUACAGUUUUGAAAAAUAAGAUGAAAAUAUUCCUUAUUGUUGUAAAUAUAUUCUUCUGUUCCACUUGGUAGUGGUGUGGUCCACUUGGUAGUGGUUUAUCUAAAUUGUGGGUUUCUUCCUACAGACAAGGAAGAAUUUUGUGCAAUCGUGUGAAUAUUUGGUGCAGAUGUAGGUCUGGAGGAUGCUUUGUGUUUUAUGAAACUCAAUGAGCAAUAGAGAUGAUGACAUAAAGUAUACAAAAAUAUA